GACACCCCCGCGGCCCCGCCGCGCGGAGCUCCAGGCCAUGGGCUCGGGGCGCGUCCCCGGGUUCUGCCUGCUCGUCCUGCUGGUCCACGCGCGUGCCGCCCAGCAUGGCAAAGCUGCGCAAGAUGUGGAUGAGUGCGUGGAAGGGACUGACCACUGCCACAUCGAUGCCAUCUGCCAGAACACGCCACGGUCAUACAAGUGCAUCUGCAAGUCCGGCUACACUGGGGAUGGCAAACACUGUAAAGACGUGGACGAAUGUGAACGGGAGGACAACGCAGGCUGUGUUCACGACUGUGUUAACAUCCCUGGUAAUUACCGAUGCACCUGCUAUGACGGAUUCCACCUGGCACAUGAUGGCCACAACUGUCUGGAUGUGGACGAGUGUGCGGAAGGCAACGGCGGCUGUCAGCAGAGCUGUGUUAACAUGAUGGGGAGUUAUGAAUGCCACUGCCGAGAGGGCUUCUUCCUCAGCGACAACCAGCACACCUGUAUCCAGCGGCCCGAAGAAGGAAUGAAUUGCAUGAACAAGAACCAUGGCUGCGCCCACAUUUGCCGGGAGACGCCCAAGGGGGGCAUUGCCUGUGAAUGCCGCCCUGGCUUUGAGCUCACCAAGAACCAACGGGACUGUAAACUGACCUGCAACUAUGGUAACGGCGGCUGCCAGCACACAUGCGAUGACACAGAGCAGGGCCCCCGGUGCGGCUGCCACGUCAAGUUUGUGCUCCACUCUGACGGGAAGACGUGCAUCGGGGAAAGGCGCUUAGAGCAACACAUGCCCACUCAGGCCGUUUCCAAUGAGACCUGCGCCGUCAACAACGGAGGCUGCGACAGUAAAUGCCACGACGCGGCCACCGGUGUCCACUGCAGCUGCCCUGUGGGUUUCAUGCUACAGCCAGACAGAAAAACCUGCAAAGACAUAGACGAGUGCCACUCAAACAAUGGGGGGUGUGACCACAUCUGCCGCAACACAGUGGGCAGCUUUGAGUGCAGCUGUAAGAAGGGUUACAAGCUUCUCAUCAAUGAAAGGAGCUGCCAGGACAUAGAUGAGUGCUCUUUUGACCGAACCUGUGACCACAUGUGCAUCAACACUCCAGGAAGUUUCCAGUGUCUCUGUCACCGUGGCUACCUGCUGUAUGGUGUCACUCACUGUGGGGAUGUGGACGAGUGCAGCAUCAACAAGGGCGGUUGCCGCUUUGGCUGCGUCAACACUCCCGGCAGCUAUCAGUGUACCUGCCCAGCGGGCCAGGGCCGCCUUCACUGGAACGGAAAGGAUUGCACAGAGCCAGUGAAAUGUCAGAGCAACGCUGGGGCCUCCAAAGCCAUGCUUAGCUGCAACCGGUCUGGCAAGAAGGACACUUGUGCCCUCACCUGCCCCUCCCGGGCCCGGUUUUCACCAGAGUCCGAGAACGGCUUCACCGUGAGCUGUGGCACCCCUAGCCCCAAAGGUGCUCCAGCCCGAGGCACCCACCCUGGAAACAGCACCGCCUCCAACUAUUGCCACGAGGCUGCAGUGCUGUCAGUGAAGCAGCGGGCCUCCUUCAAGAUCAAGGACGCCAAAUGUCGUCUGCACCUGCGAAACAGAGGCAAAGCGGAGGAAGCCAGCAGGAUCCCGGGGCCAGGUGGUACCCCUUGCUCUGACUGCCAAGUCACCUUCAUCCACCUUAAGUGUGACUCUUCUCGGAAGGGCAAGGGCCGACGGGCCCGGACCCCUGGCAAGGAGGUUACCCGGCUCACCCUGGAAUUAGAGGCCGAGGUCCGAGCAGAAGAAACGACAGCUGGCUGCGGGCUGCCCUGCCUCCGACAGAGGAUGGAGAGGAGACUGAAAGGCUCCCUGAAGAUGCUCAGAAAGUCCAUUAACCAGGACCGAUUCCUGCUGCGCCUGGCAGGCCUUGACUAUGAGCUAGCCCACAAGCCAGGCCAGGUAGCCGGGGACCGAGCAGAGCUGGCGGAGAUCUGCAGGCCCGGGCAGCACCGGGCAGGCACCAAGUGUGUCAGCUGCCCGCAGGGAACGUAUUACCACGGCCAGACGGAGCAGUGUGUACCAUGCCCAGCGGGCACCUUCCAAGAGAGGGAAGGGCAGCUCUCCUGCGACCUUUGCCCUGGGAGUGAUGCCCAUGGGCCUCUUGGAGCCACCAACGUCACCACGUGUGCAGGUCAGUGCCCACCUGGCCAGCAUUCAGUGGAUGGGUUUAAGCCCUGCCAGCCAUGCCCGCGGGGCACCUACCAGCCUGAAGCGGGACGAACCCUGUGCUUCCCCUGUGGCGGAGGCCUCACUACCAAGCACGAGGGGGCGGUCUCCUUCCAGGACUGUGAUGCCAAAGUCCAGUGCUCCCCCGGCCACUACUACAACACCAGCACUCAUCGCUGCAUCCGCUGUGCCAUGGGCUCCUACCAGCCACACUUCCGGCAGAACUUCUGCACCCGCUGCCCGGGGAACACCAGCACCGACUUUGAUGGCUCUACCAGCGUGUCCCAGUGCAAGAAUCGGCAGUGUGGUGGGGAGCUGGGGGAGUUCACUGGCUACAUCGAGUCUCCCAACUACCCCGGCAACUACCCAGCGGGCGUGGAGUGCGUCUGGAACAUCAACCCCCCACCCAAGCGCAAGAUCCUUAUUGUGGUCCCCGAGAUCUUCCUGCCAUCCGAGGACGAGUGUGGGGAUGUUCUCGUCAUGAGAAAGAACUCCUCCCCAUCCUCCAUCACCACUUAUGAGACCUGCCAGACCUAUGAGCGUCCCAUUGCCUUCACGGCCCGUUCCAGGAAACUCUGGAUCAACUUCAAGACGAGUGAGGCCAACAGUGCCCGUGGCUUCCAGAUUCCUUACGUGACCUAUGAUGAGGACUACGAGCAGCUAGUGGAAGACAUAGUGCGGGACGGCCGGCUCUACGCCUCUGAGAACCACCAGGAGAUCCUCAAGGACAAGAAGCUCAUCAAGGCCUUCUUUGAGGUCCUGGCCCACCCCCAAAACUACUUCAAGUACACAGAGAAACACAAGGAGAUGCUGCCCAAAUCCUUCAUCAGGUUGCUCCGCUCCAAGGUCUCCAGCUUCCUGAGGCCUUACAAAUAGUGCCCGUGGGGGAGACCCGGGUCUCAGAGCUCCGACUCCCUGGCCCUCAGAGCUGGCACCCCAACCUCAGACGAGAAAGAUCACCACACAAGGCACUCUCCCCUUCCUAGUUAACCCUGUCUUCUCUCUCUACUUCUUUCUUACAUGUUCCCUGGAAAGCCAUCCCGUGCUAUCCCCGCUCCCCCCAGGGUGAAGGAAUAGACCUCUCUCCUCUGCCCACCUCACCAGCUCAUAUCCCCGUACCCCAGUCUGGAGGGGUGCUGCAGGCCCGGAAUAGGAUCAGGCCUGCUAGGAAGUGGGGGAGGGUAAGGCUUCUGCCGUUAUAGGGUUGUGCCUUGCUAGCCAGGAGCCAAAAUCCGCCCCCCCCCCCCGCACUGUGUUCUCCAGAGUGACUCUUUACAGUCCAGAGUCCUGCCAGAGAAGCCUUUGACACACCAGCACUGUGCCAACACAGGCUGCUGGGCACACAGUUUGAGCCCUGGGUGCACACAGUUGGCAUUCUUACUUGUACAGCUUCUCCCGCCUGCCUGCCCGCCUGGGGCUGACUCCGUAGGAUUUACAAGUGGUCUUUACCACCGGGCUGGCAAACCCUGGCUGAGUAGGGCAGAGCAACAGGCAAUAAUCUUGUCUGCCAGAGACAAUGCUCCCAGACAGCUCUGUGGGGCAGAAAGCAGGCUUUUCAAGCCAUUGCUGAGAACAGCAAGAAAAGAAAAUGUAUCACCUAAAGAUCCACCCAGCUUGCAGAACGAGUGGAAACCAGCCUUAGACACGGACCCUUUCCUUGCCAGUUCUCCCUGGCCCCGCCAUGCCCUCACCCUGCCGAAGUGCUCCCUGGGGAAGGCUCACUCCCCUUGCUAAGUGCUGUCCUUAAAGAAAACUGGCCAUCGACCUUCACCAACCCUGACCUCGCUCCACGGUUUUUCCCCUUGUAGCUCCAGGUGGCUUGUGGGUGCCACCAAAGAGGACCCCACUCUGCAGCCAGCCUGGAGCUGCCUACCUCUGGCCUCGGGCUGUGGGCAGCAAGAAGAAUGUGUGCCCGUGGCAAGCCGCCUGCCCACCCUGUCCACAUCUGAGAAGUGCAAUCAUUGAGUCUUUCUGUGUUGUCUAGAGGGAGGGGUUGUUUCUUGUUUGUUUCUUUUCCUCUUAGAAUACCCCUAUUUAUAGCUGCCCGGGAGAGAAGAGUACGUUGGGAGUGGAAGAGUAUUGGUUUGACUCUCAUAAGCCCUGAGCGCUAGAGCGUCUCAUCACUCCCUGAGGCCACCCAGAACUCCAGGGCCCUCAACAAUCCCUCGGAGGUGCCCAAGGUGUGGGAGAGCAAUUCUGGUAACUUGGUGAAGCAGGAAGGAGAGGGGCUGUUGGCUGAGCUGGCCCUGCCAUCCUUGAGUCUCUGUGGACUCACGGUUAUAGGUGCAGACGGGACUGGUCAGUAUCUACUCCAAGUAGGGGAAACCCCUACCCUUCCACGGCCUUCGUGCUUCCCCUGGCGUGUACGUGGAAGAGGAUCAGGACAAACGCUGAGGAUGGGCCAGGGAAGGCUGGGACAGUCUUGAAUGGGACACUGACCCAUGAAUGAAGCUGGUGAAGGAACAAGAACCAGAUACGUGCCUGACGCUGUCACCUGCCUCUUAAGGGUUGACUUCCAGCCUGUCUCAGCUACUGUUUUUCAAAAGGAACAAGAAUCACAUCCAUGCCCAGUUGCUGCCUGUAAGGUCUCCCCCAAGGCUGUAGUCCCACACAGUCACUAGCCACCAACUGACUCCUCAGGUCCAACUCCAGGAGACUGCCAAGAGAUUCAACACUAAAUAACCUGAUCCCCCCACACUAGCCAACAGCAAUUAAAGCUAGCUUCUUAGACAUCUGUUAGCCAACACAGUGGGGAGGGGUGGGGUCUGCUGUCUGUCUCUCUGGGUCAGAGAGCUAUUAUAAAACUGUUACAUGGCUUUGUACAAGGGUGGAUGGGCAUGUGGAGGGAACGUCUGACUUCCCCACAAGUGCCAGGGAACAGCGGGAGUCAACUUUGGCCAUCCUGCUAGAAGCAAGGAUAACUUUUGAGUGCUCUCUCCCUGCCAUUACGCCCGGCUCCUGGGAGGCCGCACAGUGAGAAGUGCCUCCCGCUGUCUGCCAUUAGGCUUCCUCUCCUGCCACAAUAUACACUCGGACACUUCCUCUAAUCGUUCAUCGCAUGGCUGGUGGGGCAGCACGUGAGUUCCACGUACCGAGAGCAGGCCACUAGGCUUAGCUGAUACCGAGACGGACAGAGGAAGGCAGGCGACGACUUGGUGCUGCCAACCAAGUUGGCAGUCAGGCAUCCAGGUGGAGCUGCUGCUGACCGUGCAGAGGAGACUGUAUGGCCCUGGGGCACCUAUGGGGGCUCAGUAGACAGAACAAGGAGGACAACUCAGGGACUUUCUAAUUGCACAGGUUAGAUGAGGUCUGUCUCUAGGAGGAAGCAGGGGAAUGAGAAGAUGGUGUGAACAGGAAGCCUUCAUGAACUGGCCCAGGAGCUUCUCUGCAGGCUGCCCAGGCCGCAGAACCACGGCACCUCAUUCACAGUAGCACACACCUGCCCUGGUCUGAGUUCCAUCGGAAGAAGUCGUUUCCAUGAAGGCUCCAGGCGCCAAGUGACAAAUCCCAAGAGGAUCCUUGGUCCUCAACUACACAGUGACGCCUCUGUGGUCCUCUCCUCUGUCAGGCCACCCUAAGCCUUAGGGACCCUCAGAGGAUUGACUGCCACUGUGCUGCAGCCCCCAUUUCUCCGAAUGGAGGUAGGAAGACGAGGCUUUGUGGCUAAGUUCAGGUGUGCCGUCUGCGACUCCGAGAAGCGUGCGUCAUAUGGGUGUUCGCAGUGACUCUUAACUGGAUUAGGAAGUCUGAAAAGUUAGGGAGCAUUCAAGUGUCUGUGUUUGCUGCUGAGCUUGAAGGUGACAGUCUCAAAGUAGGGGGAUGGAGACAGAGCGUAACUGACCUCAAGCAGAAAGUGUUAACCUGCCUGGUUUCUUUCUCAAGCCCAGGAAAAGUGGAAGCAAACACCUUUACACGGGGCCUGUCUCAAGGGUGGAACAGCCACUGUCUGGACUGGUAAUCCUUUAAGGAUUGGGGAAGAGAAGCCUGGCUCUGCUGGCAGCUCACUGGCACAAAAGAAAUGGUAGGAGUUUGGACAAGCUAAAAAUUGCGCGUUCUAUGGGAGCUGAAGUUUCAGAAAAUAAUUAUCACGUGGAAGGCUUUUUUUGCGUGUGUGCAGAAGAAAAUCUCGAAGUACUAUAUUUAUGCCUGCCUUCCAUCGCGACCGAUACAGGAAGCAUCUCACAAUCAACAAUACACGGCAAGCAGUGUGGUUCAUAAAGUAUUUUGCACUUGGGGAAGAAUAUGUAUCUGAACUUGUAAAAAGGAAUGUUUGGAUUUUGUAUUGUCUUUUUUAUAUUAUUAAAAUAUUAAACAGAA